AUGUUAACUAAAGGAGGAGUUUCGUUGAUUUCAAGCGUCGAAAAAUUUGCUAAUGCUACACUAACAAUAUUACCAUUUCGACGUCUUUGCUUAACUCGUACUGUUUAUGCAUCAAAAAAUGAGAAGUCAUCAAGGUCAUCUAAGGUUCCUCUUUCUCGGUUUGAACCAAAUGAUUAUGUUAAUUAUGAAAAGAAUGCAUCUGUUUUGGAUAUUGUCAAAAAACGGUAAAUUCAUUUCUAUCCAUAGUCAAUUCUCCCUCGAAAAAUAGAAUCCUUAGAGAGUCCCUUUAAAAUCUCCUCGAAGUAUUGCAACAGAGAGGUUCCAUAAAUAUGCGCUAGAGGUUUCUCGAGAAUUCGUCGUCAGAAUAACGAUCAGAAAAAAUGGUCAUACUCUAAUAUCGUUCAUCAUCGUAGUUGCGUGUGCCUCUCGUCAAUGACAGAAGCGAUAAUUUUCUUCUUCCUCCUUCUUCAUUAAUAGGAAAAUCUAAUUUUACAUUUUUAAAUAAUACAUACUUGAAUUUGCUUGCUAGGCUCAAGAUACAUAAGCUAUACACUCUUUCAUAAAUCAUUAGGACGUAUUUGAAGGCUAGACUUGUGAGAGUUCAGUGUUCUAUGAAAAUGGUUCUUUUUCAGGAACUAUGUCAAGUUGCCAGCUCCCCAGGUAAAAAAAAAAUAUAUAUAAAAAAUCAUUUUUAAUAAUCAAAAAGUCGAUUAAAACUCGAUUAUAAUCAUACACCUUUAAUCAAUAGUUUAAGCAGUAAUAAUCACAACAAAAUCAGAUUAUAAU